AUGGUAAGGGAGAUGGAACUGAUUGAACAGUUUAGAGACUUGAGUAUGGUCUGCGAGACGACACCUAAUAGCAUUAAAUUGGGUAUGUUGAAGAUAAAUAAUAAUUUCUUAGACAUAAUUAAGGAAAAUCAAAGGCUUGAUGUGAAAGUUUGUGUACCGGAUAAUGUUGAACUGAAGAAGGCAAUAUUGGAAGAAAGUCACCGCAAUAACUUAAGUAUUUAUCCGGGAGCGACGAAGAUGUAUCAAGACUUGAAGAAGUUGUUUUGGUGGUUUGGUAUGAAGAGAGAUAUAGCUCACUUUGUGUAUGCUUGUUUGACCUAUCAGAAGUCGAAAGUAGAACAUCAGAAACCGUCAGGGUUAAUGCAACCGUUGGAGAUUCCAGAAUGGAAAUGGGAUAACAUUGCCAUGGACUUCGUUACUAGUUUACCGAAUACGGCGAGAGGAUUUGAUGCAAUCUGGGUAGUUGUAGACCGGCUUACGAAAUCCGCACAUUUUAUACCGAUCAAUAUGAGUUUUCCAUUGACGAAGCUGCCAAAGAUUUAUAUCAGAAUCGUUGUGAAGUUGCAUGGGGUUCUGUCAAGCAUAGUGUCAGAUAGAGAUCCAAGUUACCACUCUAGUAUCGGGAUGGCACCUUUUGAAGCUUUGUAUGGUAGGAGGUGUAGGACACCUUUGUGUUGGCAUGAGACUGAUGAGAACGUUGUGCUUGGACCUGAAAUUGUACAACGGACUACGAAAGCAAUUCAGAUGAUUCGUGAAAGGAUGAAAGCGUCUCAGAGUAGACAGAAGAGUUACCAUGAUAAUCGGAGAAAGAAUUUAGAAUUUAGUGAGGGUGACCAUGUGUUCUUGAGGGUCAACCCGAUGACAGGUGUUGGACGUGCAUUGAAAUCGAAGAAGUUGGAUCCUAAGUUCAUUGGACCGAAUCAAAUCAUGCAGAGAAGGGAUGAGGUGCAGAUUAGAGACAACCUUACAGUAGAAGCGAUGCCGAUAAGGAUCGAGGAUCGCAAAAUGAAGCAACUCAUGGGAAAGGAGAUUCCAUUGGUAAAAGUAGCUUGGGGAGGAGCCGUUGGAGGAAGUGUAACUUGGGAGUUGGAAAGCAAGAUGCGAGGGUCGUAUCCGAGAUUGUUUCCAUCAGGUGUGGUAAUACCAUUGAGUAUUGCGGUCAUUGCUCAGGUGGAGUGUAUAUGA